UCACCCCACCCAAAAAAAACACCAAUGAUUUUAAUUCAUUCACAUUAUUAAGAACAAUAUCCAAAUGGGUCGUCUUGAACACCAUUGAAGAGGGUCCUUUAUUACAUUCAAAAAAAAAAAAAAGGAAAAACCAUACCAAGUACCGUAUAAUCAUAUAAGACAAAGAAGUUUUCUUUUUGUUUCAUGUAUUAGUAUUAAAUUCAUUUUUGUUAAUAUAAUAUUGUUUUCUUGUCAAAUUUUCAAGAUCCCAAACGCAAGUUUCUUAUAGAUAAAAAAUUCAAGUUCCAUUGAUAGACGGGUAGGUAGAAAAUUUGGACGCAAAAACACUUCCUACAAUCCCUUUGCUGUAUCGUGUAACUCCAACCAUCUUUCACAAUAUAAAGUAGUCUCUUCUGUUAUCACGACAAGGUGCUGAUGAGUCAGGACGGCUGAUCACCAGGAUUUGCUCCAACUGUUUUUCAGUUCUUCAGGGUUUCAGUACUUAUCAAUCUUUCUUUGGACUCUGAGAAAGAGCAGCAGAAAUGGCUGUAGGAGUUUUCAGCGUUGACGGACCUGUCAGCGGCUUCAAUGGCAAGAUCACAGUUUCGGUGGUGGUCACCUGCAUCGUUGCUGCGUCAAGCGGCCUCAUAUUUGGCUAUGACAUAGGAAUUUCAGGAGGUGUGACAACUAUGCAACCAUUUCUUAAGAAAUUUUUCCCAUCAGUGUUAAGAAAAGCAGCGGAGGCUAAAACAAAUAUCUAUUGUGUGUAUGAUAGUCAAGUUUUAACGUCAUUUACUUCUUCACUCUACAUCGCUGGUUUGGCUGCAUCACUGGUUGCUGGCCGCCUCACCGCGGCAAUUGGUCGAAGAAACACGAUGGUUUUAGGUGGCCUCACCUUCCUUGCUGGUGCUGCCAUUAAUGGUGGCGCCGCUAAUGUUGUCAUGCUUAUCUUAGGCCGUAUCUUGCUUGGAUUUGGAGUUGGUUUCACCAAUCAGGCAACUCCUGUAUACCUCUCCGAAGUGGCACCACCAAAAUGGCGAGGUGCUUUCAACACAGGCUUCCAAUUCUUCAUAGGCAUUGGGGUGGUGGCAGCAAACUGCAUAAACUUUGGUACUGCUAAACGCAGUUGGGGUUGGCGCCUCUCUCUUGGCCUCGCCAUGGUACCCGCUGCCAUUAUGACAAUAGGCGCACUCCUCAUUUCGGACACUCCCAGCAGUCUAAUAGAACGAGGCAAAGUGGAGCAAGCCCGACAAUCACUUCGGAAAGUCCGAGGGAAAGAUUGUGAUGUGGAAGCGGAGCUUGCUGAGCUUAAAAGGGCCAGUGAUGUAGCCAAAGAAGCAAAACGAGAACCCUUUGUGACAAUAUUUGAGAGGCAAUAUAGGCCUCACCUGGUCAUGUCAAUUGCCAUACCAUUUUUUCAACAGGUUACCGGGAUUAACAUCAUUGCAUUCUAUGCACCGAUUCUGUUCCAAUCAGUGGGCUUUGGAAAUGAUUCAGCUUUGAUAGCAGCUAUCAUACUGGGUUUAGUUAAUCUUGCGUCAAUCCUUGUGUCUACCGGUGUAGUUGAUCGGUUUGGUCGGAGGUUUUUAUUCAUGGAAGGAGGAAUUCAAAUGUUUGUCUGUCAGAUCGCGGUAGCAAUCGUGCUAGCAGUUACAACAGGGGUUUCAGGCACCAAGGAAAUAAGCAAGGAAUAUGCCAUAUUGGUACUGGUUCUAAUGUGCAUCUACGCAGCUGGGUUUGGUUGGUCUUGGGGGCCUCUCAGCUGGCUCAUUCCAAGUGAAAUAUUCCCCAUCAACAUUCGACCCACGGGCCAAAGCAUCAGCGUUGCGGUCAACUUUGCAACCACCUUUGUGCUGUCCCAAACCUUCUUAACUAUGCUUUGCCACUUCAAAUAUGGCACCUUCUUGUUCUACGCUGCUUGGAUCGCGUUGAUGACCAUUUUUGUCGCCCUCUUCUUGCCCGAAACAAAAGGAAUUCCUCUGGACUCCAUGAAUUUAGUUUGGGAGAAGCACUGGUAUUGGCGUCGGUUUGUUUGUGGUUAAUGCUAGGCACAUUAUCAUUUGAGGCAAUAUUGCUGGAAUAUUGACAACGUCCUUUUCAUUUAGAUGUUUAAUACUUAAAUAUGGUGUCAUUUCAUACUCGUUCAUGGUUUAUAUACAACAACACGCAUGAAUUAGUAUUAAUAUUGAAUGAUAUUUGUAUGAAGUCUCAUCAUCAAUCAAUCAGAAACAUGUGAUACUGGCCACAUAGUGAAUGCCGCCCGAUCAAUGUUGACGCCUUAUAUUGCA